AUGGUUGUUGACGGAGGCCGGCCCAAGCGUCAGUUGGCCCCGAUUUUCCUCGCCGACCUUUUUCCCGGCUACAAUAACAGAGUGCCUGCUGUCGUCCUCCCUGACGUCAUCCCCCAGUUGUUUCCAUCUCGAAAUUUCUCGAUUCAACGGCGCAGCCCUGUACAGUUUCGGUUGCACACCUGCCGUUUGACAUCCAAAUUCCCCGCUCCUGGCCACGCCUCCUUUUUGGUGGAAGGUUCGAGGAGUUGUAUAAAUACCACCGCCCCUGGGACCUCUUUCGUCGACGUGGCUUUCGUUAUUUUUCCUCAUCCGUGGUUCAUUUUAUCGAAAAUAUAUCGCAUAUAUUCUUAACCUAAAAAAGAUGUUAUGACGUUUUCAAAGUAAUUUCCGCGAAAUGCAAAAUUAUCUCUGGCCCUCCUAAUUUUAGUUGUCUUUUCCUUUCUCUGACGGCUAUUUUGAAUUUCGUGGAAUCACUUUGAACACGGUAUUACGAAAAGUGAUUUUUUUAGUGCUUUGAGAAAAAGUUUUCAAAGCUAAAUUUUCUAAAUUUUCUAACUUUACGCUGGGAAUUUUUUCAUGAACAGUUGCUGACUGAAAUCAGUGACAAAAAGUAGCUUUUUUAAUAUUCUAAGAUUAUUUUUGAAGAUUUUUAAAGAUCAAAACCUACAUUUUUAUGAAUACUUCCCUAGCCUCCAAUUUUGGUGGAAGAAAUUUAUUCCCUAAAGCUCAUUUUUAAAAGAAAGUUUUACUAAUUUUAGAUUAUUUCAGUAUUUUUUUCUAGUCUCAAAAAAAUUUUUCAAUCUUUCUGUUCAUGAUUUGAAGUCAAUUUUACUUUGAACAAUUUUUUUGCUUCAGUUCCAAUUUUUUUCGCAAUUUUUUUCCAUGUUUAUUUUUUUCAUUUUAUCAAAAUAUUCCCGUUUUGAUCUGGAGUAGCUAAAUUUUUUUAUUAGUUUGAAAACAAAAGCGUGAAAUGAUUCCCAGAGUUAGAAAAGCCUUUUUUUCACUUUUCCGCUAACUAGGACUACACCAGUCCACUUAUACUUUCUCCAGGAACUCGAAAAACAAAAAAAAAUAGUAUCCGUUCCCCCUAAUCCGUUUCCACUACCUUUAACCAGCAGUCAUUCACGCACCAAAUACGACACCGGCCCAAAUCCUCAUAAUUAUGCGGCGGCGGAUUCUAAAAAUCCGGUCACUGUGCCACUCUUUCUCUUACUUGUUGAAAUGGAACGAACAACAUUUCUGAACUAGUGCCUUGUCUUUCGUUCUGUGUUAAUACUUCAUUGGUUUUAGUUAGUUUUUUUGAAGGUUCAACUUGAAAAGGGUUUUAACAGGCUGAUCUUUUAGUCAAUGUACCAAGAAGCCUGUUCUUAUCUAAAGACCAUAAUUUUACUUAUUUUUUUUUUUCUGAAAAAGGAAAUUUUUGAAUCUUCGAGGUAUGACUCGAGGGAACUCAAUUUUUUUGCUUUAAGAGGUCCUAAGUUUGCUUUUUGAAGUACCAGGGGCCUUGUUUGACGAUUAAAAAAAUAGUCCAGUCCCUCAUUUUUUUAACAGAUUUUUAAAAAAACACUAAUUUUUUUGAAUCAAAUAAUAAUGAAAUAAAGGAAAAAAAUUUGCAGAGAAUAUAUUAAAUUUUUGAAUGGCUAAGUCUCAAAAAGGCUACCAUUGUUUAAAAAAAGAUAACUUCUGAUUUUUUUAAAGCUAUAGUAGAAUAAUUUCUCAGUAUUAAGUGAUGAAGAAAAAGUUUAUGAUUUCAUAAAUCAAUUAUAAAAAAAUAAAUUGUUUCGUGCUUUUUUUGGAAAUAACCCACUUGAGACAUUCUGAGAGCAAUUGAAGAGGUCUCAUGACUUCUAGUAGUGUAACGUUUCAGUUUUCAAAUUAAUGCGAAAAAAUUUCGCAAAAUUCCAUUUCCACAUCUCUCAAAAAGCUUGCAAAAAUUUGUUUCACUUCAAACCAUUAUUUUUAACUUUUCUUUGAUUUUCUCUUAAUAGAUAAUACCUUAUAUUUUUUUUUAAAUACGUUAGAAUUGAACAAAUUUCAAAAAAUAAACUGACCUCGUAAAAAGCAGUCCGCGGAACCAAAAAUUGCCUUGUAUGGAAGACGGCAUCGUUACGUUUUCGCAUCAAUUCCUGAAGAAACAAUGAGGAAAAGAAGAAAAUUUCCCUUCUUUUUUCUGUUCUUUCAUAAAUAAAGUGCCUUGUUUUCGACGAGAAUGAGUAAGCGGAGUUUACUUUUCUGUUUCCCGAGAAGUUGGCCGAGAGAAAACAGUACCUACUUCGAGGGGAAGGUCAUAAAUCAGAGGUUGAGAGAGGUUGGAAGAGUUUUUUGUGAAAGAGAAAAAGAGUUCCGUUUCAUUUUCUGUAGUUAGAAGCCGCUCAGCAAAAUAUUAAGGCAAAUUCAUAGACAUAAUUAUUUCAAGGCUUACUUGAGCCAUCCAAAAAAGGUUCUGACAUGAUAAGAUAAUAACUUUAGCAGCUCCCAAAAAAGGAUUGAUUCCGAACUUUUUCGAAAACUUUUCCUGAAGUUGACAGUGGACUCACUAGUUUUAUGAAUAGCUUGAUGGAAGCUUCAAAAGCUGAUCCUAUUGAUCUUCAGUUAUCAUUUUGAGUUCCUUUUUCAUCUUUUUUCUGCUCCUGAUCUCAAAAAUGACCCUUCUGACGUUUCUGUCAUCUUAUCUGAUCAAAACGUCUACAGUUAACCUUACAUGGAGUAAAAAGUGAGCAUUGCAGCUGACAAAAUGAAAUUCGCGAUCCUCCUCGCUGUCGCAGUGGCUCUGGCCGCCGCUGCCCCACGCGACAAGCGUCAAGUCUCCAUCGGAACCAUCGCCAUCUCCGGCGGAGCUGGCGGCUCUACAGGCUGCGUCGUCACCGGAAACGUCCUCUUCGUCAACGGCUUCCGCGUCAGGGAACUCAACGGAGAUGAGCAGUCUGAGCUCGAGUCCUACCAAACCAACGUCGACCAGUACAAGAAUGUGAGUUUCAGAAAACUAAAGGGCUUAAAGCAUUGGUCCGAUCUGAGUAUCAAAAAGUCCGGUGAACUUAAAAAACUAGGAAUUACAAAAUUAAAAGGGGAAUUUUUUCCUAAGAAAAGGGAUCAGCCAUGAAAAUUAAGUCUGAUAGUGUAUUUUGAGAUACUUAUAAAACGUCGAUAAGAAAAAUAAAAGUGAAUAUACGAAAAAAAAGAGAAAAAAAGGGUCCAAGAAUUUUCUGAAACGGCUGGAUGACGUUUUUGAGCUGUUAUAAGAAAGACAGAGGGUGGCGCUUUCAAAAAUCUCUUAAAACAAGAACCAGAAAAAGAACGCUGAAAUGGACAACGAUGAAUGAGUUCAGCUUCUUUGCAAAACGAUAAAAUUUUAUUAUGAACACUUUUUUAUAGUGUUGCGCAUGCUGAACCCGUUGACCAUAAUGGUUGAAAGUCCAACUUCAAACAGUAAAAACCCAGUUUCCGAAGUUCUGGUCUUCCCAAUACCGUAAAAAAAAAGUUUUUUUUUGUUUUUGAGCAUAUCCGAAAACUAUAACUUGUCUUCUUUCUCUCAAAUUAUCCUCAGAACUUGGUGAUUAGGUUCAAAAAUGGGCGUCCAGCCUUGAAACCAGAAGCUCUAAUUCAUGAAAAAAAAGGCGGUCCAGGAGAAAUAAAAGAUUUUCUAAUGGUUUUUCCGAACUCUUGUCAAGUUCACCUCUGACUAUUGCAGCAACUCCGCGACUACAUCGAGCAGCAGAGACAGCAGCAGCAGAACGAGUUCAACUCGCGCCAUCAGGGCCGCCGGACCAGCCAAUCCGGCGACAGCAACGCCGUCAACGGACCUUCGUCCUCGGCCAACACUGGCCUGACCCGUCCUACGGCCCCCGCCAAGCCCUCCUUCUGCUCCGCCGACGCCACCACUCAGUACUACUUCGAUGGAUGCAUGGUUCAGGUGGGACCUUUUCAGAUUACAGAAAAUUUUUUUUCUUUUCUGAGGGUAAAAAAUGGCCUAGCUUCUUAGUGGAGAAGAGCUAAAAAUGAGGAGUUGAUGAAAAUAGGUAAAUCUUUAGGGCGCCCUUUUUCUGUAGAGGUUCCAUAUUGGGUUCUAGUGGAGUCUGAUUAACAGAGAAUGUGAAUUUCAUUGUAGUUUUCCUGAAUCACGACUUAAUUUUACACUAUCCUUUAUACUCGUUAAAAAAAUACACUUAAAAAAAUCAAAAAAAUCGCAUCGUUUCUUUUUUUCUAGGUAAAUAGGAAAAAAAAUUGAAUUGCCACUAAAAAGCCAUUUUUUUCGAGCUACUAGGGUUGAAAAAUGAACGUGGAGUUUUUUUAUUUAGACAUUUUUUUCAAACUUCAAAAAGUUUCAGAAAGUAAUAAAAUUUCUAUUCACUGAAAACUUGAAAAAACGGAGUCAAGAAAAGCAUUAACCUGAUUUUGCAAGGAAGUUUGUUGCGCGAGAGUUGGAAGGGAAAAACCAAGGAUUGAAGAAAAAAAAACCAAAAAAAAGACACUUGAAAGAGAAUUCUCACCUUUUCUUCUCUCCCAUCUUUUCCUAAAAGCUUCUCUGCACUUUCUCGGGUCUAUAAAAUCAAAAAAAACCUCUCAAAAGGUUUCCGAUCCUUGUGUGGCAAUAAAUCUAUCUUUUUUGCUUGACCAAAACUGGACUUUUCUAUCGGAUCGGAAGUUGGGAUCCAUGAAAGAUUAUACGCGAUUCAACAAUAGCGUGACCUUUUUUGGAUUGUUGAAAGAGGAAAAAACCUUCUUUUCACUGUUGACUGCGUUUUUGAAAAGGAAACACAAGGUUGGAUUUUUCCAGGACAACAAGGUCUACGUUGGCCGCGAGUACGCCCGCGACUUGACCGCCGAUGAGCAGGAGCAGCUCAAGAAGUUCGACGAGCAACAGACGGCCUACCAGAACGCCGUCCAGCAAAAUGUCCAGAGUGUGAGUGAAUCAACGACUAUUAAGUGAAAGAUAGCCCAAAAACCUGAUAUUCAGUAGGAAAAACAGCAGAAAAAGAUAGUUUUUGAAGUUUCAAUUUACAGCAGAUGAAGGGACUCUUCGGCACGGACUUCUUUUCCGCUCUCUUCGGUGGAGAUGACCGUCGUGCCCAGCAGCAACAGCAGCAACAACAGCAGCAGCAAGUCGCUCAGUCGACGCCUUCCACCGUCUCCACCACUCUUCCCCCGAAACCAGAUGUCCCCAACUUCUGCACGGCCAUCUUCUAA